ACUGCACUGUCUGCAUGCAGUCCAUAGUAACUAACUUUAUCUCAUGUCGUCGGGCGAAAAUACCAAAUUUCAGAAAUCCUUGUUGCUUUUGGACGAAAUCAUUGUUCGGACGCCUGAAGUCGUGAUGCUCUGCACUCUUACUAGUCAUAGUUGAUGAUGGCCGGAGAGAUUCAGUGCAUGGCAGGGAGCGCCACAAAGCGAGCCACGUGGCGCGUGACUCCAGCGCUCGCGACAAGUAUCCUCCUAUGGAUUCUCGUGUUUGUCGGAUUGGCCACUUGUGUCCAACCGCGAAUGCAGUCACGGAAUACCAGGAGAAAGCAGUCUGAACACCAGCUGCAGCAGCAGCAGCGGCAGCCGUUUAGAAAUAUCGCUGCUGGUAGAAAUGUUGGUGACCGUACACGAAUACUGAGAGACCGUGGCCAUAGUCAGCGGCAAGGCGAUGAAACAUCCCAGCUGAGGCACGUACAGCGAGAGCGUGCUUGGGACGAUCGUAGAGGAAAUCUUGCCAUGCGUCCGGGGGCGCGCGCCGCUGUUCGCAGGGAUGGUUCCCGUCAUACUAUCCAAGACUUCCAACCUGCGAACAGGGAUACUACCUACGGCCAAGGGCAGAGAGUAGAAAUGCAUAAGCCUGGCAAUCGUGUACGUGCUGUACCUCCCAUGCAGUAUAGACACGUCACGCAGGCAGCACAUGCGCAUGGAGUAGAUCUACGUAGUCAGAGUUUGAAGCAGAGUAGAGCAGCAGAUGAUAGCUCUCGGUUACGACAGCCUGGUCAGCCAAUUGACUCCAGACGUGCCACACUCAGCGUACACCAACUAACCACUAACGCAAACUCUGCGCAGCGUCAAGGAAUGGCAGCAUCCAGAGCCAAUGCCAUGAAUGACGAUGAUGCGACGAGAGCAAAGCGAGAAGAUAUGAUGGAGAAGGAGGAGCAGCAGCCGGAUGACAAAGAUGGUGAUGAAACGCACGAGGGCGACACCGAUGGUGGGAAUACGGUGGCAAACGUUGCUCAUGCUAACGAGGACAGCAGUGAGACCCCACCAAACGUCGCUGGCAACACCGACCGGGACAAUGGCGACACCGCAAACGACGAGCAUGACGUGAAUACAUCUCCCACUCUGUCGCCGGAAGAGCAGGAGAAAGUCGACCGUGAGCGAGUGGCGGAGGACGAGAAGGUUCCGGACCCGGCUGUAGCAGCGGAUGUGGACAUGGAUACAGUGCAGAGUGAGCCGAUAGAAGAAGACACUGGUGUGGAAGGCACUGUCAGUGCCAGAGUGGAUGCUGAAAAUAAAGAUAACGUCGCCCCAGCUCAAAAACCGGUCAAUCGUAACCGAUUUGGUGAGCUGCAAGCGCAACUCGCUGACUUGCACAAGUCAGUGCAAACGCCGACAGCCAAUCCACUGCCAAGCUAUGAACAGCUUCUACACGGAUCACGAAUACGCGAGGGCCAUCCAAUGCUGUUAUUCGGCGAUGCGGAGUUAAAGAGUCUGAUCAAACAAACACACAACACACACUCUGGAAUCUACAAUGACAUGAAGGCAGCUGUCAAGGUAAUGCUCCAGGAUGAGAAGAAGUACCUGCCCCCGGUUGCGGAGCUGGACUUUGCAACGUCUUGGAAUGAGCAAUACGGCAACCGGCUGGUUGUUCUGGCAAUCUACGGAGCAUUGUCCCCAGAUGACCUGGCUGGACGCGCUGUCGCUGUGAGAAGUCUGCGCCGCUUGACGGCCUACAGCAGCUGGAAGGUGUUGUCAGCGCCCAAUGACGAUGUUCCACGUGCACACACUCUUCUGGGUGUGGCGAUUGCCUAUGAUGUUCUUUUCCACGAGCUGAAGGAUUACGAGCGUCACGACAUGGCAAUGCGCAUAAGCGAGGAGACGGCGUACCUGCAGCGCCGUGCUCUGGCCAAUGCCGGCUGGAAUCGCCAGUACAUGCACAACCACAUGCUGACGCUGCAGGUGGCACUGCUGGCCGGCGCUCUGGUCACCGAGCAGACGUCGCGUGCCCCGUCGCACGAGCAGCAGGCGCUGGCGCGGCUGGCCAUGGAGAGAUGCAUGCUGCUGUUACGGCACGUCAGCGACGGCUCGAUCCACGAGGGAGUUGGUUACACAUCCUACAGCACACGCUCUCUGUUCGUGUACAUCUUCCUCUCACAGCGGCACUACGGUGUAUCACACUUUGAGCACAAGUGGUUGCCUAAGCACUUCGAGUACCUGCUGGCAACAACAAUGCCGGGAUUUGCCGGCUCGGUAGGAAUAGCCGACACGGAUAGAGUUUGGUUCUUCGGCCCAGAAGCACAGCUGUAUUUUCUGGAUCGCUACGUACUCCGGAAUGGCCAGGCGAACUGGCUCGCACAAAAGAUUCAUCAGGCACGGCACAAGUUGCCAGCCGACGCAACCCUCAAAGAAGCAGACUGGUCCAUGUUGCCGUUUGAGAUGCUCUGGUUCGCACCGCACAUGGGCGUAAACUCUCCGUGGAAAGCAACCAACCGACAGCCUGUGCAGAUUCUGGAUGACUGGGGCGUCGCUACCUACGGCGCAAGCCACCAGCAGCAGUCCACAUUUCUCUCGUUGAAAAGCAGCUACAUACUCGGUCGUGGCCUUCAUCGCCUUGCUGCUACAUCUCAAGCACCGCAAUCCCUGUACCCAUUCCUUGGCGGCAUGCCGUCAUUUAAUGCUGGGCACGAGCAUCCGGAUCAAGGAUCGUUCACAUUCUAUCCCAACGGCGUACCAAUGGUCACCGAGUCCUUCUAUUUCAUGCCUAAGCUGCCUCAUAUGGACAACGUCUGGCUGUUUCGCUCAGACGGUUCUGCCUCGGAAGACUCGUGCUCUGACGGAGGAAUGCGCGGACAGCUCGGUGGCUGCAAGUCCUGGUUUCAGUAUCGUUCAGACGCUGUGAGGGAUAUGUCAGCGGACAUCCUGGUCUCGGAUUCCGAUGAGGAUGUCGUGCUCAUGGUGAGUGAGUCGGCCGGGGCAUACAGCGAGGACAUGGGACUGGAGUCAGUCACGCGUGCUUUGGUACUGCUGCGGAGCGAUGCGCUCUUGGUCGUUGACUGCAUUCGCAAGAAACCCACCAGCAUUGUCCUGCGCGGCAGUGCUUUCUUCAACAACAUGUACCAGCCGUUCAGUGUCGACUUUGAAGAUGCAACGCGAGCAACGUCCACUGCCGGACACACCAUUCAAUGGCUCUUUGACAAUGAUUUAAAGAGCUCAGCAAGGACAGGAACGGUUGCGGAUAAGCGCCUGCAGAAGAAGCGUGAUGGUCGCGAGGAGAGUUAUUACCUGAAGGUGUCCGCGCCUUUACUUCUCGAUACAACACACGUCGUGUGGCUCUUGACGGCCGACAGUGCGGCUGUGGCCGAGAUGGAACUCAUAUCCUCGUCGUCGUCUGGCGUUUCGGUGUCAGUGAGCAUUGGCUCAUCAUCGUACGCCGUGUCGAUGGUGACGAAUCACACGUGUGUUGCCUGUCGCUACGACUACCAUGGAAGUGGUAUGCUAGCUCACGUGCGGCACGGCGACAGGCUUGUGCGUCCGGGGACAACACCAGUGGACAUGCUAUCCAAAGUGGACCUGGAUCUUCGACCGAUGAAGAACAUCCUGCCGUCCACUGUCAACCAGCAGGUUUUCGGCUACUUGUGCAUCUCCAUCAUUGGCUGGUCGGUGACCGUGCUGUUUGUCUUCUGGCGCUUCAAGUUCCUGCGGCAGCCACGCUACAUGUGGCCGGUCGUGCUGUGUGUAGUCUUGUGGAUCGGCAUUCUCCUUAUACUCAUCGCGUCCAGUAUCCUGCAUGAACUUCCAAACUCGAUGAAACUGGCCAUCUCGCUGUCAUCAAUUGGUAUCGGCGGCGAGCAGGCUGGGGAUGUCCUGUUGGAUGCGGGGGGCAGCAGGCCGCGUGUUCUCAUCACAGGCUUGCCUAUGGGCAAGGCGCCGUAUCUUCUCUCGAGUCACCUGCUGAACGCCACGCCCGAUGCAGUGUUCCUGCCACUGUCCGAUUUACCCAUGAAGGCCGGCGUCGCUCUCUCCCCGCUGGCGUCCUGCAUCUGGCCCAGCACGUCCGUGUCUCCUCUUCAAGCCCUGGCAGCUUCAUGGUUAACACAGGUGUACGAUCAAGCGCAGCCUGCUCUCAAACACGCCACUACCAGGCAUAAGCCAACCGAAGCCUACCUGCAAGCCAAGGCGAAGCUGGCUGUCGAUCCCUCAGCUCUGAUCAUUGCUGGUGACAUGGACGGGACGUGGCUGGCGAAAACACGCUGGUUCUUGGAUUCCGUACCCUCCUCAAAGGUUGUCCUACUCAUCUGUCAUCCGGUCCGCUGGGUGGCUGAUAUCAUGAAAGUGGGCUCUCUCCUGCCAAACAGCGGUGUUGGUCUGUAUGACCAGGUUGCACGAAUCCUGAAACCGGUGGGAAAUCACUGUGAUGACUCAAGUCCGUGCGCACGCCUGUUCGAGCCACUGCGCAAGCUGGCGCUGAGCGAAGUCCAACGGGAAGACGCACCGCUGCACAAGGUUCUGGCCACAGUCUGGCUGGCGUACACAAAAUGGUCGCUGUGCGAAGCCAGGCAACAUGGCUCCGUGCUUACGGUCAAACUCGAAGAUUUUCUCAGCCAUGCAGUCGGCACGUCGCGUAAGUUCUACCGCUUUGUCGGCCUGCCACACAGACCAGUAGUUAUCAGCCAUCUUCGGAUACUCAUGGAAAGUGAUGUGCCACAGGACGGGCAAGCAAAGGCUGAUCUUGAUCGGAGCUCCGGCAAAUUCUACACACUCUCCCCGGAGAUGCGCCUGGACGUGCGCAAAAUAUGUUAUGAUCUGAUGCGCCAGCUUGGAUACUGAUAAGAGGAGAGUGUUUGUGAUAGCGCUGUGAGAGUGUGUGACCAACUGCCCCGUUCAUGUAGUGUGUGCCGAGUACUACACAGAGAAUUGGCAAGAUUGACCACCAAGCCCGGCAUACCUGGCUUCAAUACAGGAUCAGCGGCUAGAUUUUACUUUCUAGUCAAGUUUCGACCAAUCCAGUUGGCCGAGUGCUUGACAUGUGAGAAUGGGUAUUUCCCGAGAGGUUGACGACAAGUGUAUGCAGAGAAUAUCUGGUUGGACAAUCUACAUUGAGCGCUGCAUUGAUUCAAUGGUGCAUGCACGAUUUAGCUGGCUGCUGCGUCAUGCAUGGCUAAUGCACUGCAGUAUGUACGGCUACCUAGCCGGUAAACUGUCUUACCCUGCUGGCAGGAAAGACACGGGCUUCAAUUCAUGGCAUUCGCUUUGCAGAUAGCCACGACGCUACCGCGGAGACUACCUUGAUUUUGGCUAAGGCCUGUGGAGAAUCCGUGAAUACAGUCAUAUGCAAAAUUAUUAUCACUCUGGCAAAAAUCUGAAUGCUACUUUGCUGCCUUGAUCCAUACCUUGCCUCCAUUUGAUGUACGACAAUGCAGUCCACUAUUAAUGGUGUACUAGCUGUGCUAGUACUUGUUAGCAACAAUCCGAACUAGCGCACACACUGCACUGCAUUGCUUUGUACUGCAUUCAAGACUGACGUCAUGCGCUUUGUUUUGCUGCGUAAUCACAAAAGGCACCAGCCCAUUUUGCGGAAAAGAAAAACAAAUCUUGCUUGCCCUGUUGUGCUCUUCCAGACAACGGAUCGUGCUUCAGCAGUGUUUCUUUUCCUUUCGUAGCUUUUCUGCCAGCCCGAGUGUCACCUCGACACUGUAUUUCUUCAGUACGUCUGACCUAACUGUCGACACUGUCAAGGCAAUGCCUUGCCAAGCCCCCGCGGCGAGCCUUCUCAGCGCGGCUUGAAUCCGAAAGGAAACUUAGUAAAAGUAUUUUACAGGACCGUUUGCUGGCACAACUAGCCCUUGGUAGUGAGGUCUGCUCCGGCCAGGAGAACCAGCAACAUGACAGUGCGGACACGGCUCGCGAGCCCAGAAGCCCGACUUGCACCAAUGCCUCCUCCGCCAGCUCAGGUGACGCGGGCUCAACGGAUCUCUGCGCUCCCGUAGAUCUACGUGACGAGGUGUAGUCGGCUUUGUCGGCCGCCAUUUUAUUAUUAUCGGAUAGCAUUGUGCCGCUCCUCACCCAAGGCCAAGGCAAUGCGGCUGCUGCCGCCACUACGCCAGGCCAAGCUCCUGUAACCCACCCGAUCAGCCACUUGCACCAGCUGUGCCCAAGGCUGUGCAAGAACGUAUCUUGCGAGGGGAGUUCGUAGAUUUUUCAAGUUUGUUGCCUGAAAUUCUUGCACACUUCCGGCCCAACAUUCCGGCUGGUGCACAGCCCGAAUAACGAUAGCCAGCUAAAUAUCGUUGAGUCGGAUGACCGUACGCGAAGCAGGUGCGUCGCAAGGUUCACGAUAAUUAUACAUGUAGCUACCCGGCUCGAGGCAUGGACCACAUACAUGUCUGUUAUCACGGCUGCUGCCCUACACCGCACUGCUGAACUGCUGAACUGAUUGCGUACCAGCAGUUGAUCCUGACUGCUAACCGCCAGUUCUUCCCAAGCGCGUGGCUAGAGUACGACCGCCAGCUGCGGCUGCUCGUGGCCCAGUAACCAGGCACGAAGAGGUUGGACACCAUCGACGUGAACCUAUGGCAGAUAGCUGUCACAGGCCAUGCACACCCAAAAUGCGCUCAAUGUAAGACGGCCCAUCCAGGGGCGGUUUGUGUCCUUUUCGUCCCCAAGCCAGCAGCAUUUACCUCCAGUGGUCGCAACCAUACCAGCGACGGCCAAGAAAUCUGCCGCAACUUCAAUGAAGGUCGCUGUUCUUCGUCGUCGUGCCGCUUCUCCCACACCUGCAGCCAGUGUGGCAAGGACCACCCAUGCAUCAUGUGCAACCAGCAGCAGCGCGGAGCCAAUCGGCCACCCCGCCGCCCCUAGCAGAAUGGCUACUGAAUAGCUUGACUCGGUACGUAGCUUCUUUCCUAUACACUCUGCAGACACCACACU